AUGGUUUCUUCUACACUCAUCUUGGCCACUUUAGGUGGUUUUGUCACUCGUUCCUUCGCCCAGUCAUUGUCAGACAAUGUCAACGCUGAAGUCACUGUUGCUUCUGCUACCACUUCGGUGAUCCUCAGUGCCAGCCCUGCUUCAUCAGGAUCUGCCACAUCGAGUGCAGCUCAGCCUGUCACCCAAAUAUCUGAUGGCCAGAUCCAAUCACCGGCUCUCUCCACUGCUUUGCCAAAUGGCACCUUGAGUGCCACACCUGGCGUCGUAUCUUCCAACGCAACAUCUACCGUCGAUGCCGCUGCAGCUUCCAUCAGCCCUAAUGGAGGCAUCCUAUACAUCGCACCGAACAGCACCACACCUGAUCAAUCCAAGCUAGCGGCACGAAACGAAUGUGAGGCUCUUAUGGAUAGCCAACUACCUGGAAAGAGCAGCGUUCCUACCGACUUCAAGUUCUCUGGCAAUGUUAGAACCUACUACGUCGCUGCCGAGGAGGUGGCUUGGAACUAUGCACCCAGUGGUUGGGACAACUGGCUCGGCGUGCCUGUGCAGAACUCUCCCCACGCCGCAGCAGCUGGCUACCUCAACCUUACUGGAUCCAUCGGUGCAAGCUGGGGUAUGGAAUUCCAGAAGGCUGUGUACAAGGGCUACACAGAUAACAGCUUCACCAACCAGACCGAACAGCCUGCCCACAAUGGCAUCAACGGUCCUAUCCUGCGAGGUGAAGUCGGCGACAUGAUCCAGAUCAUGUUCGUCAACAAUCUUUCCAACCACUACGCGUCGAUGCACAGCAUGGGUCUCUACUACGGCAAGCAGUAUGAGGGUUCUCUGUACCCCAACACAACUGAUGGCGGCUCGCCCAAGGUGCAAGAGCAGGAUGCUGUGCCUCCUGGUGGCUGUGCAGUUUACAAAUGGAUCAUCUCAGACUCGCAAGCCCCAGCACCUGGUCAGAGCAGUCGUCUCUGGUCAUAUCACAGUUUCGUCAACAUGCCUGCUGAUCUGUCUGCUGGUCUUUCCGGACCUCUUAUUGUGUAUAACAGUGGUGAGAUGAAUAGCACGAUGUCGGCUCAUCGUGAGUUUGUCGUGACAACCAACACUCACUAUGAGGCCCGUUCGUUCAUGGCCGGCACCAACGCAAAGAAUGCCGGUGUUGACACCAGCAGUCUACGUGCUACCAACCAGCUCGUCCAACCUUACAUCGGCAACGAGUCCUUCUGGGUGCCGCAGAUGACCAACUUCCCUGCUAUUCAGCUCAGCGAUGCUCAAGGACCCAACUUCUACACGAUGAAUGGUUAUGUGUUUGGUAACGGCGCACCUUACGAGAUGUGCCGUAACGACCCUGUCAUCUGGUACGUGAUGGCAUUUGGUGGAGCAUCCCAUGUGUUCCACUUGCACGGAAACAACUUCCAGUACAACGACAUCUGGCAAGCUAGUCAGAGCAUUAAUGCUGGUGAGAUGUUCACCUUCAACAUGAAUGCCCAGCUGCCUGGUGUGUGGCAGUUGUUGUGCCAUGUCAGCAGUCAUAACCUGUUUGGCAUGCAGCAGAACUACGUCGUGUACGGUACCGAGGAAGAUGGAGAGACUUGCCCUCUGCCGCCGCUGACCGCCAAGUUGGCUGGUAGCCCUUAG